UUUAACAUCUCAAAGGAGUGGUUUGGGGUCUGGGAAAAGGAAAAAAAUACGUGGUUACCAAGAAAUUACCCUAAUACAAAAGAACACCAGGAGGAAAACACAUAAGAAACACCAAGAUGCAAACUAGGAUACGUGUGAAGCUAUGAGACGAGAGGAGAAAUGGCUAGAACUUUUAUAAAUCACCGAAAUAAGGAGUUAAGAAGCGGGGAUCAUGUUACCACCACCAUCACCACCACCUGUAAUUAAUGCACUGUGAGUCUGUCAUUCACUCCACACCUGGCCACACACCUAACUGGUAGCAUGUGCGUGUCUCCCAUACGCACGUGGUCUCACCUGUUGGAUAAUUAAGCUUCCAGCACUGCUUCAUAAUGGCCGAGCUCAUCAAGACACUGCUGAGCUUCUCGGAGCGCGCCGGGGAGAUUGCCCGAGCCAUCCGCCAGGAGCCCAAGCUGUUCUCUCUGCUUGUGGAGGAGAAGGGGGAAGGGGAGAAGAACCAGCGCUUUGCCCACGACUUCAAGACUCUGGCUGAUGUGCUGAUCCAGGAGGCGCUGAGGCAUCAUGUGGCCAGGAUGAUCCCUAGCCUGGCGGAGUGGGUGCAGGGGGAGGAGAGUGCCGAGUUCACCAACACACUUGGGGAGAAGAUCACUGUGAGGAUCUGUGACACGCAGGAUGGCACGGCUACACUGCUGGCUAAGGUCCUGGAUGGCAACAAGGAGGCGGCAGACAUCCUGGCGGCACUGGCUCACCGGGAUGUCACCUUCAGUCCUGACCCUGACCUGAUGGAGCGUGUGCCAGACCUGCCAGUGGAGCACCUUGGAAUAUGGAUUGACCCUGUCGACUCGACUGGGGAGUACGUGAGAGGCCGGCCGAGUCAAGCAAAGGGCAGCAUCCACCAACAGGGCCUGCAGUGUGUCACAGUGCUCAUUGGGGUGUUUGACCGUCGCUCAGGCCUCCCUGUCGCUGGCAUCAUUAACCAGCCUUUCGCAUCCUUCAAUGAGAGCAACAAAAGCUGGGAAGGCAAGGCAUACUGGGGAGUGAGCUAUGGGGGCACCAGCAUCCACAACCUUGCCUCAAGUGCUCCAGAACCACCAGAAACCUCUCUCCCAGUGGUGGUAGUGUCCUCCAGUGAAGAGCCAGCCUUGCACGCCAAGCUGUCUCGUCGCUUCACUGUCCUGCAUGCCACAGGAGCCGGAUACAAGCAGCUGGUGGUGGCGCUGGGCCUGGCCGCUGCCUCUCUCUCCUCUAAGGGAUCAACAUUCCGCUGGGACUCUGCUGCGCCACAUGGCCUGCUGAGGGCUGCUGGCGGUGGUGUGGUGGUGUACAGGCGCCUCACCAGUCUCUCAUCAGACCAGGACAUAUCUGCAGAGACCCUUGAGGAGCUGCAGAUCAGGUACCACAAGCCCAAUGAGAAACCCGCCCAGCCUAGCCUGCAGUGGUGCAAUGAGGGCGGUCUGGUGGCCUACCGUGACCCCAAGGUGCUGGCCACGGUCAUGGAGUGUGUGGCUGAAUGACCUCCCUCCUCAUGACACUCUUUUUUCUAUCACUCGUCAUGGAGGUACUCUCACACUUGGAAACAUUCACAUUCUCGCAAACGCACACACACCCAAAUGCACUCACACUCUUACAUGCAUACAUACUCACACAUGUACACAAGCAGUAAAUACAAGAUGAAGGAAAAGAAAUGAGAAAUAAGAGAUUGGAUAGAAAGGGAACUUGUAAGAGAAGGAAGAAAAAAAGAAGAUGCUUGAAAUGUGGGAGAUGAUAUAAGUAUGUCUUCCUGAUCCCUCCCUCUCUCUCCCCACCUUUUCCUUCUCCACCACACGUGUCCUGCCUCCUCCACUGCUCUGCUAAAUGUAUGAUACAGAAUCCCUUUUGGGUCAGACACACAGUUGUCUGCUUUUUAGAGUACAAUUAAAAGUCCAAAUUUAGAUUUAAGCAGUUACUGUGUGUGUUAUCAGAAUGCACAGGUUACAGAUGAUAUUGCAUUCACUGUGAUGGAUGUGUAAGGAAAUCUGAUACUCUUAAGAAAGAUCUGAGUAGAUUUAAAACCAAAAUUUUCAAAGUUUUAUUAUAAUUAUAACUAUUUAAUUGCUUGAUUUAUAUAAUACCAUUUUAUCUGCAAAAGGCUGAAGUAAAUGGCAUCCUGUCUGUCCCUCUUGUCACCUUUCCCUUCCCUCGCUUCACAGCUCUUCCCUCCCUCCCUCCCUCCCUCCUUCCUUUCCUGCCUGCAGGUAAGAACUAGCCAAGAAAGAGAGUGAUGUUGAAAGUCGUUUAUGAAUGUGGGAAAGUAUCAGGAUAUUGUAACGAUGUGUAUCAAGCUAAGCAAGGAAAUGUCUAAGAGACUUCCUGAAUUAAUCUUAAAAACUUCAUUGUUAUGUAGAACUGUCCUAAAUAGUGUUGAAAAAUUAUUCCUGUUGAAAUUAUAUAUAUAGUUUUUAUUUCUGAAAAAAAAAAGUUAAUAUAUAGACAAAUCUAUAAUAAUGAAUAGUCUAUCCAUAGUUCUUUGUUCCAUUAUGACUCAUUAAUACUCUGCUGUAUAUCAGUCAUGUCUAUGAAAUAAUUUAUAGUUCAUAGUUCAUUGUUCCAUUACCAAAUACACAUAAUUGCAUGUUUGUAUUGUCAUGGUCAAUACUGAAUAACAUGUCACAUUCACUUCCACUGUUUGGCCUUUGUUUUUGGUCUCCAAGUCCUCUGAUCUGCCAACCGUCCUCUCACAAAACCAAGCAGCUGUUUGACCUUGGACAGACGAGAGGACUUGAGAUUGAAGGAGACAAAACAUAAUGGAAGUGAUGGUUAUAUUACUCAACUGUUGACAAUGAUGGAGCCACAAAGUGCAUUUCAUCUGGUGGUUACUGGCCAUUUAUACUAAUCAAACAGAUUUAUCCGCUUACAUUACUAAUAUAGAUGUUUAGACACUCCUUAAUAACAAACCAUGGCCAAGAGUAACCUUCACACAACCAUUUCUAAAAGCCAAGUGAACUAAUGAUAUAGAAUCCUUUGAAUCUUCGCAUCACGACCACCAUGAUCCUCUCAGUUGUUAGGAGUGGUUGGGAGUGGCUCUUAAGGUCAGGUUAUGUCACCACACUACCACCACCAUCACCCCAUGCAGUGGCUGGCAACACAAAAACAACACCACCACAAGUUUGCCCUUAUCAUAAGUUCACCUGUCAUGUCUGUGAUUGAUCAACUUGUAAAUGCUGAUAAUCACUUCAGAUGGUCACCAGGUGCUCCUCUAUGUGCCAGAUGCUUAGCUUUAAACUCACACUACUAACCUUCAAUAUAACUAACAGUACUGCCAGUUUCAGAGUGCAUACUAUACCUGUGCAUCUAUUCCUAUGGCAACUUUUGGUGUUCAUUACCUUUAAGUCAAUAGUACUCAGCUUUAUGAAUAAGUCUUAGUCUGUGUUCCACAGUUUAAGUGCCAUAACCUAUCCAUUAUAUCAAUACCUUUUACAAUAAGUCCUGUCUAUAUUAUUCCUCUGUUAUAUUAAUAAUUUUUAUCAGUCUGUGUUCAUGAUAUUCCUCAGUUUUUACUACAAUUUUGUCUGUUCCAUAUUUUUUGUGUGCCAACAAUACCUAUUCAUAAUAUAACUCAGUUUUAGAAAUGAUAUUCAAUCUGUAUUCCAUAACUCAGUGUCAAUAGAUUAUAUAAUUUUUCCUCAGUUUUAAGAAUAACUUUUGUGUUACAUUAUACCAACAACACAUUUAUAAUAUUCCUCAGUUUUCUGAUAACUGUUAGUCUGUGUUCCAUUGUUUUAAUGACAAUAGCUAUCCAUAUUAUUAGUCAUUUUCUAGAAUAAGUUUUUGCGUGCCCAAUAUUAUUUUGCACCAACAACAGCUUUCCAUAACCAGUUUUUAGAAAUAUCAUUCAAAAUGUUUCAUAUUUUGAAUGACAAUACCCAACUAGACACCUCCACACCAUGCACAUGUAGCCACUUCAUUACUGGCCAUGGGUGUACAGUAGCAUUCUGUGGCAUCACCGUGGCAGCACAAUGUAGACCAUACCUGAAAAACAUUAUACCAAGCAACACUGACAUUUGUAGCCCAAGGGAGCAUUAGUGUGUGUGUGUGUGUGUACGAAUAUAUUGCUGAAAUUUAUAUGUAAUUACUUAUUGCAAAUCUGUGUGUGUGUGUGUGUGUGUGUGUGUGUGUGUGUGUGUGUAAAACUACAAUGUCCUUACUAAAUUUGUGUAUGAGGAGUGUGUGUAGGCGCGAGCGACAUCCCUAAAAUCAACAUUAUAUCUAAUAUUUUUCCGGUACAUUGAUCAACAUUCCCAUUAUAUUAUCCUUGUCCCGAUGUGCGUAGAGACCAUUGGUUACCUUGGCCCAGAGUCCUAUUUUUCUGUGUUCACGAAUGAAGCAUUGAUGAAAGCUGCAGGCGGUGAAUUAAUACUACUGACGCAGAUAAUGAUAUGAAGACAUUACCUAUUUUCUUUUGUGUCUAUUAUUAUAAUGCGCAUGUAGAAUUUUUAUUUUUGACCCAAAUUAUUGUACGCAUAAGUAAAUAAAACGUAUAAUUCCU